AUGACUGAACUACAGUCUUAUGUUAACUAUGUCACCUAUCUGCCAAAUAUUUGGGAGAGGCCUACUGUUGAUGUUUUUCAGUGGCCUUACUGUGAGAAACGCUGCAAUUACUGUAACUUCAACAAGUAUAUUCCCCGAAAUCUUGAUGAGCUUAGAAUGAAGAACUGCCUCAUUCAGGAGGCCCAGACCUUGAUCCAGCUAAGUGAAGUUCAGAGAAUCACUUCAGUAUACUUUGGUGGGGGAACACCAAGCUUAGCUAGCCCCCUCACCAUUGCUGCGAUCUUGGACGCUGUCUCCCAACAUGCUCAUUUAGCAGAAGGCACCGAAGUUACUUUGGAAGCAAAUCCCGCUUCAGCAGAUGCCCUCUGCCUUUCCGAGUUCCAGAAAGCUGGUGUCAACCGCCUCUCCAUUGGUAUUCAGUCAUUUGAUGAGGCAGAACUCAAGCUCCUUGGAAGGAACCACACAGCUUGUGAUGCUUUGAGAACUUUAGAAGAAGCCAAGAGACUCUUUCCAGGGCAGAUAUCUAUUGACUUAAUUUUUGGUCUCCCGGGGCAAACAGUUGCCUCCUGGAUCCAGGGUUUGGAGAAAAUGCUUGCAAUAUGUGAUGAUCAUAUAUCCAUUUACCAGCUGACUCUAGAAAGGGGCACAUCUCUCUUCAAGCAAGUCCAUCAGGGCUUUCUGCCCAUAAUCAAUGAGGAUAUCGUAUCAGAGAUGUAUGAGUGUGCACGACAUGUUCUACAGAAUUCAGGUUUUCAUCAGUAUGAAGUCUCCAAUUUUUCAAGGAAUGGGGCCUUUAGUACUCACAACCUCUCUUAUUGGCAAGGAGGCCAAUAUAUUGGCAUAGGACCAGGAGGCCAUGGGCGAUUUGUGCCAUGGGGAGAUGGUAAGAUCCAUCGAGAGGCAAGAAUACAGACUUUGGAACCAGAUAUAUGGAUGAAAGAAGUACUGGCCUUUGGGCAUGGGACCCGGAAGCAGACUCCACUCAGGGAGCUGGAUAUACUAGAGGAGGUUUUGAUGCUGGGACUCCGUAUGGAUGUAGGAAUCACUCACCAGCACUGGUUGCAGUUUGCCCCCAGCCUCAGUCUGUGGGAUGUGUUUGGUGAAGCAAGAGAAGUCAAAGAGCUGGAAGAGCAUGGGUUACUUUUUCUGGACAACAGGGGGCUUAGGUGCUCUUGGAAAGGUCUGGCUGUGCUUGAUUCUCUACUGCUCACACUCCUGAAGCAGCUCCAACAGGCAUGGAUGGAGAGGGAAACAUUCAGUGGAAUGUGAACUAGCUACCAAUGGAACUUUUAUAUUGGAGGUUAAAGAGCUUUCAGAUAUGGUUUAUAGUCUGGAAGAUUAUUCCAAUGCAAAGGUCACACCCCAAGACAUGAUUGUUUCUUAAAUGAAGCCGGUGAGUUGAUUGUGUUGUCAUGCCACUGGAUACAGGGUUUGCUCUGAACUAAACAAUUACUGCAUCCGUGGCUUUUGUCUCUUUAUACUAAGAUGAAAAAUAUCUGUUAUUCUAGUGUCAUUGUGGCUUGUACUGGAAAUAAAUGAAGCAUGAAAUAUCUUUACGCUCCAUAAAUAAAUGGAUUAUACAGGAACUGGUUUUCAUUAACCAAAAUCUUCCACUUUUGUAAGUACUAAAUAAAGGAAUGUUUCUGAGGGAAGAAUUGACUGUGAAGAUAAUAAAAGAUUUUUAUG